AUGACGCCGCAAGCGACAUCGUUCCAAGACUUGCUACAAGGGGGCAUUACUACCACCACACAUGUAAUUAAAAAGGAGACAAGGGAUGUCUACGCGUCGUACUUCAAGAAGUUAUGUGACUUCUGUAUCUCAAAUGAGUACUCAGAUCCCGCAACGAUUAGGCAUCAUGAGUUGCCUUCGCUUCUUUCGAGUCGUUUGUGGUUCUUUAAUAUGACGCUCACUGCUUACGGCAUGUGCAGAAUAAAUGAAGUACUGAGCCUCCGGUGGAAGAAUCUCCCCCAAAGCCUCACGCGACCGAGUACUGCCGACCCUAGUGUGCCCUAUGGCGUCCACAAGCUGGAAGGACGGAAGACAGACUGGAAUGGCAACGAUUAUAUUUUCCCAGCACUGUCCAAGAUAUUGAAGAGUGUUAUCAAGACAGACGACACAUCUACAGGCUGUGAGAACGCACGAGUAGAGUGGGGUAAGAAGAUGUCUGGGCAGGCAUUCAUUACCUUGCUCAACUCAGCUGUACGAGAUCUAAAUCGUAAUGGAUACAGAUUUAUGUUUGCGCCACCAGAAGGACUGUGGUCACUGCGGAUGGUGAAGUGGUGGGCCGGAUGGACACAAAAUGAGUCGGCGGAGACUCUAGUGCGUUAUUUACUUGACCAAGCCGCUACGGACGAAGACACCCAGCUGGCGGACUGCGUAGCCCCUGAUCGUGAUGCGCAUGUAGGCUGUCCUACCGCAUUUUCCUGA